AUGUCGUAGAAACCGAUGACUAAUGAGACCAACCCCAUUUUGUACCCUUGAAUUGAAGCAACCCCACCAUUCUGUCAAGUCAUGGUUCCGCAAACUAUCGCCAUACACAGAAUUACACUGCUCAAUCCAUUGCUUCAACACAACAGGCUACACACGACCACUCUGUAUACCCAAUUACCUCUCUCGCACUCUCUGUAACAUCGACUUCACCUCCCACCGAUCGAUGCGCAUUUAGCGAACCGCUCCACCCGAGUUUGCGACACUUGAAUCCGAAUCCCCCAAAACCCGAUCGCGGCGCCGUCCUUGCCCGCCUCAAGCCAGAACAUGCCGUCUGAUACCAUGACAGGCUCACCGUCGGGCUCCAGCUCAGCUCUGCCCUCCUUCUACUCUCCCAAGACAGAGGCCGCAGAUGCUUCCACCUCGCACAACGAACAGUCCCUUGAGCAAUCCAUAGACUCAUUAUCACUCUCCCCCGCUCCCUCCACUCCCGCCUCCGCUUCCGUCUCCGCCCACCCCGAUCCCGAGACGCCGAUCGGCCAAGAACCUCCGCCUUCACUGCUCUCGCCAUCAUUCACACCUCCCUCUACACCCGGUACCUCUACACCGUCAACUCACGGUCUUCGCGGUGUCCCCGUCGAUAGCUCCAUUCCUUCCGGAGGAUGCGGAUCCAAGAAACCCAAGCUCCUGCAGACUCUCCCGGAGGUUGAGUGCAUUGUUCGCGCUCGUAUUCCCACGGUAGCGGGCACGGAGAUGUUCUUGCACCUGUACACCAACAAUGUCGAUAACAAGGAACAUCUUGCUAUUGUGUUUGGCAACAAUAUCCGAAGUAAGAGUCUAGAUGCUGUUCGAGAGGGCGAGACCGAGAUGGACCGCAUGGUGCGCGGCGCAUACACAGGCAGACUGUUCCCCGGUCGCACAACCAGUGGUGUCGAAUCAGCAGCGCCUCAGGAGCAACAGCCACCGCAGCCGUCAGACCAGCCUCCUUUGGUGAGAAUUCACUCCGAGUGCUACACAGGUGAGACAGCAUGGUCAGCGCGAUGCGACUGCGGAGAGCAACUCGACGAAGCUGCUCGUCUGAUGAGUCUGCCUGGUAACAAGGCUGGUGGCAUUAUUAUUUACCUGCGACAAGAGGGUCGUGGAAUUGGUCUCGGCGAGAAGCUCAAGGCCUAUAAUCUUCAGGAUUUGGGAUCUGAUACCGUUGAAGCGAAUUUGUUGCUGCGACAUCCCGCUGAUGCUCGAAGCUAUGGUUUAGCUACGGCUAUGUUGCUUGAUCUUGGACAGCCAGAGAUUCGAUUGUUGACCAACAAUCCUGACAAGAUUCGCGCAGUUGAGGGCCCCAAUAGGGAGGUUGUGGUCAGGGAGCGUGUUGCUAUGGUUCCUUUAUCUUGGAAGGGCCGGGGAGGAUUCAGAAGCCAAGAGGUGGAGGGCUAUCUCAAGACCAAGAUCGAGAAAAUGGGCCAUAUGCUCGAUAUGGCAGCGCUCCCACAGUAGGCUAUCAAGACUUAACGAAAUAUACCAACAUGGAAGAUGUUGUUUGGCUAGGAGCUCUUUCUUGUCAUCAUUGAAUGGAGUUUGUCGUCGUUCUUUGGGAUUGAUUGAUGGCGUUGGCGGCAGAGACUUGAUGUAUAUGUAGACAAAACCACACAUCCAAUAUGUUUGAGAGCUGCGAUUUGCAUCAAGACUUAAAUCACUGGUGCAUCGUUGGUGUAGGUCUCAGGAUACCAGAAACCGAUUAUAUCAUAAGGUUGUUAUCGUUUGUUAUAAGGACUUUCUUUCUCUUUUGACCUAACAAGAUGCUUGUUACAAGAAUGAAACAAUUUUGGCUCUGUAUCUUGAUGAUCUAGUUGGGGUUGGGCUGGCAUAAGAGGUUCAUCCUUCUACCCAUACCAACUUUCUUGGGACCACAAUGUACUUUGAGUUUUAAUAAUUUGAGCCGGUAAAUCGCGAC